GGAGCUGAAUGAGUCCGUUAAUGUGGCCGUACUGUGGUGUUCACAAGCUUUGCUCUUUACUAACAUGACCAAACAUUUGUUAACUCCAGCGGGAAACAUUAAAAGUCACUCAAACUAGCAGCUUCGGGGCUAACAUGGCGCUAACUAGCUAACUAGGCUACUAGCUUAACUUUCCAGCAACUUCACCAUCAUGUCGGGACUUUUAACCAGCCGAACAUGCACUCGCCACGUUAGAUUAGUUACACGAUGCUUCUCAAAAAUCUGCCAGCCUGACGAGAACAUCAGGAGGUUUAUUUCAGAGAACACAGAGGUAGCUGGAGGACAGAGUCUGACCCCGGAGAUCAAACUGAGAUUACUCACCCCAAACUGCAGGUUCUGGAGAGAGAGACCGGAGCUGUGGCCCUUUGAUGACCCCUACUGGGCCAUUUAUUGGCCCGGAGGACAGGCGCUCUCAAGGUUCAUCCUGGACAACCCGGAGGUGAGUCGGGGUCAGACGGUGCUGGAUCUGGGGAGCGGCUGUGGAGCUUCCGCCAUCGCUGCACAGCUCUGUGGUGCUGCUCAUGUAGUGGCUAAUGACAUUGAUGCUGUUGCAGCUGUUGCGACCCACAUGAACUGUGAGCUGAACGGCCUGAAGUCGCCCGUUUGCGUGACCGACAAUCUGAUUGGUUCGGAGCCCGACGGCUUUGACCUGAUCCUCCUGGGGGACAUGUUCUAUGACGAGGCCCUGGCCAGCAGCCUUCACAGCUGGUUGGACCGCUGCAUCAGAGUCCGUGGCACCAAAGUCCUGAUCGGAGAUCCUGGGCGAGCGCAGUUUGAGGGACACGACAUCCGACGGCUGCUGCAUCAGCUGGCUCAGUUUGAGCUGCCCGAGUCUGUCAGAGAGGAGAACUACGGUCUGACCUGCAGCAGGGUUUGGUGCUACCAUCCUGAACUCUGAGGACCAGAGAGGAUCGUCUGCACUCAGUUAAAUGUGAUUAAUAUGUGACAUGUUCUCAUCUGAAUAGGACUCAAUGAGGAGCUGUGGGAUUGCUUUGUUGGCAUUUUCUACUCAGAGUUUAUUUGGAGUGCCGAUACCAACAGCUGUCCCCUUUGAAUGAAGGUUGUGUGAAGUUUGUGCAGCAGUACAUUUAUAUGUGGACGUUAAUGUGACACAGCUUGGAAAGUUAUUCAACAUUUUUUGUAGAGUUGAUUUGAUGUUUAAAUUAAAUUGUAUUAUCCUGUGUGCUAUUGCUUCAUAAAUAGUACCAGAAUUCAGAA